AUGGCCUCUAUUGUUAAGCAUCAUGGCGACUGGUGGGACGAAGUCGUAUUGCCCACACACAACAGGGAACCGGACCAAGAAGAAAAACAAGGCGAAGACGCGGGUGCUCCUGGCGCUUUCGCAAUAUGUGAAUCUAAGCAAGACGAAUCUAAUUCCGUUUCCGAACGGCGACAAGUGUGUGAGGGUCCAGGAGGAGGAUUGAUCACACCAGAUCCAGAUGCAAGUAUGAACCAGGCAAAAGAAAGCUCCGCUGCGCAGCGCGGUGGACGUACGUCGCAGUUUCGAGAGCUAAGCUUUCUCCGUCUUUCUGCGGCGUGCAGGAAAAGAGCCAAGGUCGACACAGCCGGAGAGGACAACGCCGUGAGGUCCUCGUCUUCUACCAAUGCCUGCAUUUUUUCGCUGCGCACACUUAUCGAGAAACACUACUACAGGCCGCUGCGUGCCAGUUCGCUGGAAUUUCUGCGCACUCUGCAGAAGUGCAUUCGGUGGGUGCAGGAGGUAGAACUCGGCAGCCAAGGUCUUUCGGCAGACCUCGCGCGGUGCAGCAAGGAAGGCUAUGCGGACAUGCGCCACGAAGCAUUUCGCUGGCUCUUACAGGAAGAAGUUGCGGCUUCGAUACAACUGUGGACGCGGCACGCGGAACAAUACUACGGUCGGGGAGCUUCUCUUGACGCAAGUUGUAAACUAUCCUGUAAAAACAAGAACUACAAGUUGUGCGACGAGACAACAGAAAGCCUGACACCUGUGUUGAAGCAGCAUGCAGCGGACCUGUGGCAGUUACAGGAACUGGUACUGGAGGGCUAUGGGCUCAGCUGCCAGAGCCAGGACAUUUCUGCUGCGUCGCGAACACUUCGCACGUGGACGCCAGAUGUAUUUGCGUUUUAUCGAGGCACGACGCGGUCCAUCUGGCUGGCAGGGCGGAUGCGCGAACUCUGGCUGCGUUGCACGGAGGGAACUGCGAGAUUACGAAUGCAUUUGGGUCGGGACCAAGUGGUCAGCUUGCCUGUCUAUACACUGCAGGGACGGGGGGCUCACCCCGAAAUUGAGAAACCGCAACCUAGCGUCGAGAUUGCCGGCGAAAAACUUCUCGCGGGAUUGCGGUCACGAAACUGGCGCGAGGCUGUGGUGCAGCUAGAUCGCGCCCGUUCGUGGAUGGAUGCGUGUGAUUAUAACCCGAAUGCUACCUCCACCACUGUGAGUAACGACGACAAGGAUACAGCGUUCGAAAACAAUGCUCGUCGGGUUUCCACAGGAUCAAGCUUCAGUAACGGACGGAAUGGGCGGGCUAAAAGCGAAAGAACGCAAUACGAGACCUCGGAGCUGCCACACAAAGCCACUCUUGAUGAGGAAGGCGCGCUACAGCAAGGCGGCCGCUUGGGUAGCAAGAUGUUGCCCCCUGGGGCGACUGAAUUGAGCGAGCAGCCACAAGAAGACUCACUGUUUUCAAUCAGCGGCAUCAGGGCGCGGAAGGCGAAUUCACAACUCCUCAUGCCGGAACUUAAGCAAGUCUUGGCGGCGCGACAGCAGGUGGAUGUGGCUGCUGAAUGCGAGCAGCAACAUAGGGACAAGGACUAUAUCGGAAAACGAGGCAUGCGUCACGAGGAAGACGAUAACAGGUCGGCAAGUGCUAAAGAAGUGCCGUUGAUUGAGGUCAACACCAGUACGACACACCGUCCAGUGGGCCAGCCAAUCUGGAUGGGCGAUUUGCGCGCGGUGCUUGCGAAGAGGAAUGUCGAUCAGAAUGAACUUGAUGGUGAUUUUGAUGAGGAAGAUGCUAAAAAUGAAGGCCUGGAGUACGAUCUAGCGGAUGGCACGGCCCAGGGCAGCAGCCCCACGACAGAAGAUAGCGUCGGCAAGUCCGCGACUCUUCGCACUUCGCGAGUUGUUGCCACAUGA